AGUGCCAGUGACAAAGGCGGUUGGUGCAGCUUUCACGGGUCAUAGUGGUUAAUAUGCUCUGUCAGAAUCAUGUCUUUACAGUCGGCGGCGACGCGCGUUUUAUUUUAUCCGACCCUGCUGUAUAACGUUAUCAUGGAGAAAAUAUCCAGCCGGAAGUGGUAUGACAGGAUCGACGAGACGGUUAUCCUUGGAGCGUUGCCCUUCCGUGGAAUGACUGACACGUUAAUUAAAGAAGAGAACGUAAGCGGAGUCAUCACCAUGAAUGAAGAGUAUGAGACAAGGCUGCUGUGUCACUCUUCUCAGGACUGGACUGCUUUGGGCGUGGAGCAGCUGAGACUUGGCACUGUUGACUUCACUGGGGUGCCAACCCUUGAGCACUUACAAAACGGUAUUGAGUUUGUUCACAAGCAUAGGAAAAUGGGCAACAGUGUUUACAUCCACUGUAAGGCUGGUCGCUCCCGGAGUGCCACAAUGGUAGCUGCCUACUUAAUAGAGAGACAAAAGUGGGACCCUGAUGCUGCCAAGGCUUUCAUAGCAAAAAUCCGUCCACAUAUCCUGAUCCACAGUAAACAGCACCGAAUGCUGGAGGAUCUCUAUCGCUUAGUGACUAGCAGUUCGAUGAAUGGAGGGUGAUAUAAAGUGGAAUUCGAUAGGUCUGGUUCCUCUCGCACCUUCAAGGCUGAAUGGCUCAGUCCUCAGGAUGUUCUGCUGCUGCUGUUUUAUCUCCACCUGCUUGAUGAACGUCCCGUGUGUUCAGCCCGGUGUGCCGUCUUCUCUCGAUUUUAGGCUCUUUUCUAAAUAAAAGAGAAUCUGGGUCCAUG